AUGUGUGGUUACCAACUUUCGUUUUCCCGCCAAAUUCACCACCUCGCUCAGAAACUGACAUACAAGCGUUCGAAAUCAGCGGACAUAGAUAUGGAAACCGUAGCUUCAGCCGAUGCGGGGAGUCCGGAAGUCCCGGCCGUGGAAGUCACGUCUAUGCAGUUCGCUUAUCCCGGCGAGCCUCCGUUAAUCUCCAAGUUUAAUCUGACUCUGCCACGUGGCAGCCGCUGCCUUCUGAUUGGAGCCAACGGUGCAGGCAAGACGACUCUCCUGAGAGUGUUGGCGGGAAAGCACAUGGUUGGUGGAAAGGACGUCGUUAAAGUGCUCGGUCGCUCGGCAUUCCACGAUACAGCUCUCUCCUGCGACGGCUCUCUCGCCUACCUCGGUGGUUCCUGGAGCAAGUCCGUCGGCUGUGCGGGCGAAGUACCUCUGCAAGGCGAUUUCAGUGCGGAGCACAUGAUUUAUGGAGUUGCUGACGUGGACGCCACGCGCAGGGACCACCUGGUGGAGCUGCUGGACAUUGAUCUGACGUGGCGCAUGCACCGCGUGUCAGAUGGGCAGAGGAGGCGAGUGCAGAUAUGCAUGGGGCUGCUGCGACCAUUCCAGGUGCUGCUGCUGGAUGAGGUGACGGUGGACCUAGAUGUUGUCGCCAGGAUGGAUCUCCUCUCCUUCUUCCAACAAGAGUGUGAAGAGAGAGGAGCUACAGUAGUGUAUGCAACUCAUAUCUUUGACGGCCUGGAGUCCUGGGCAAGCUACCUCGCUUUUGUCUCUGCUGGCAAGUUGCAGCGGUUGGAAACUGUGGAACAGUUUCCUCUGCUACACUCAUCAACGCAACAAACUGCUGAUUUACACAAGUCAACUUCUUUGCAAUUGCCAUCGUUACUGGAAAUGGUGGAACCUUGGCUGAGGGAGGAUAAGGCGAAGAGGGAGAAAGAGGCAGAAGAGGCGAAGAGAAAAGGGGACUUGCCAAAAAGAGUGGAUCCCUUUGCUGGAGCUGGUAGGCACAUGGCAUACUAUAGGUAG